CAUUUUAUUUAUUUUACAAUAAUAUUUCAAGUUUCUUCUAUUUUUCACACUCUUUUUUAUCUUCUUCUUUCUUCUUGUUCAUUUGAUAAAUUCUUCAUCAACCGUUUAAUUAAUUCAAAUCACUCUUUGUGUUUUGAGUAUUUGAUCAGACACAACAAAAAAAAAACAUAUUUAGAAACUUGAACUUGUGUUUUUGUUGAAUUGGUUCCUAAUAACCUUUGUGUCUGUUCAACUCAACCAUGGCUUCUACCUUAUGUUACAACUCUCUGAAUCCCUCAACAGCAUCUUUCUCAAGAACCCAUUUCUCAAUUCCCGUUAACAAAGACUUCCCACUCGAAAAUUCUUCAUCUUUUCAUACCUAUGGAAGAACCAGAACAAGAAAACAGAGGAAGAAUGUUUUUCUGAUGCAUGUGAAAGUGAAAGCUGCAGUGGCUGAAUCUACUGCGCCACCUUCCUCUUCAACACAAGGUGAGAAGAAGAAUCUGAGGGUACUUGUGGCUGGUGGUGGAAUUGGUGGAUUGGUUUUUGCUUUGGCUGCAAAGAGGAAAGGGUUUGAAGUGGUGGUGUUUGAGAAGGAUUUGAGUGCUGUGAGAGGAGAGGGGCAAUAUAGAGGUCCGAUUCAGAUACAGAGUAAUGCUUUGGCUGCUUUGGAAGCUAUUGAUUCUGAUGUUGCUGAUGAGGUUAUGAGAGUUGGUUGUAUUACUGGUGAUAGAAUCAAUGGCCUUGUUGAUGGGGUUUCUGGUUCUUGGUACGUUAAGUUUGAUACAUUCACUCCUGCAGUGGAACGCGGGCUUCCAGUCACACGAGUUAUUAGUCGAAUGGUUUUGCAAGGGAUCCUUGCUCGUGCAGUUGGAGAAGAUAUUGUUAUGAAUGCUAGUAAUGUUGUUAGUUUUGUAGAUGAUGGAAACAAGGUAACAGUAGAGCUUGAGAAUGGUCAAAAAUAUGAAGGAGAUCUAUUGGUUGGAGCCGACGGUAUAUGGUCCAAGGUAAGGACACAGUUAUUUGGACAAACGGAAGCUGUUUACUCCGGCUAUACUUGUUAUACCGGUAUUGCAGAUUUUGUGCCUGCUGACAUUGAUUCUGUUGGGUACCGAGUAUUCUUGGGACACAAACAAUACUUUGUAUCUUCAGAUGUUGGAGCCGGAAAGAUGCAAUGGUAUGCGUUUCACAAAGAAGCACCCGGUGGUGUCGAUGAACCAAAUAGAAAAAAAGAAAGGUUGCUCAAGAUAUUUAAGGGCUGGUGUGAUAAUGCGGUAGAUCUCAUAGUUGCCACAGACGAAGAAGCUAUUCUGCGGCGAGACAUAUACGACAAGAUACCGACAUUUAAAUGGGGAAAGGGUCGUGUAACUUUGCUUGGUGAUUCUGUCCAUGCCAUGCAGCCAAAUAUGGGGCAAGGAGGAUGCAUGGCCAUUGAGGACAGUUAUCAACUUGCAUGGGAAUUGGACAGUGCAUGGGAAAAAAGUAUUAAAUCAGGGAGCCCAAUUGAAGUUGACUCAUCCCUGAGGAGAUAUGAAAGUGAAAGAAAAAUUCGAGUUGCGGUUAUUCAUGGAAUGGCUAGAAUGGCAGCUCUGAUGGCUUCCACCUACAAGGCAUAUCUAGGUGUUGGUCUUGGUCCUUUGGAGUUUUUGACCAACUUUCGUAUUCCUCAUCCUGGAAGAGUUGGAGGGAGGUUUUUCGUUGAUAUUUUGAUGCCAUCUAUGUUGAAUUGGAUCUUAGGUGGAAAUAGUUCAAAACUUGAAGGUAGACCGAUAAGUUGCAGGCUCUCCGACAAAGCAAACGGACAACUGCGCAAUUGGUUUGAAGAUGAUGAUGCACUUGAGCGUGCUAUUAACGGAGAGUGGUUUUUAUUACCAUGUGGAGAUGACACAAGUCUUUCAAAACCAAUACGAUUAACGCAAAAUGAAAUGAAACCCUUCAUAAUUGGGAGUGCAGUGCAAGAAGAUUCUGCAGGUAGUUCAAUUACAGUUUCUUCACCCGAGGUUUCUCCAACGCAUGCUCGAAUUUACUAUAAGGACGGUGCCUUCUUCGUAACUGAUAUGCGGAGUGAACAUGGCACGUGGAUCGUCGACAUUGAAGGAAAGCGAUACCGGGUACCUCCAAAUUACCCUGCUCGUGUCCGCGCAUUCGAUGUACUUGUAUUCGGUUCUGAUAAGGUUUCAUUUCGAGUUAAGGUGAAAAGUUCGGCUCCAAGCAUCUCUACGAAUGAAGAGACACCAGUUUUGCAAGAAGCAUGAUUGAUUGUGUUGAAACAGAAUAUUGAAGUUACAGAAAAGUUACACAGGACAAAUUUGUAGCUAUAGGGUAUUGUACAAAGUUGCCAUUUAUUUUGGUGACAAUAUUGGGUAGGAAUUGUCUCCUACAAGCACUCCAUUCAAUUAUAAUAUGACUCAUAAACUUGCACAUGUUGAAUGGAGUGACCAUGGAAGACAGUGUAUGUAGCUAAGAAUUUCUCAGACUUUUGUGUUCUACAAAAUGGAAAUGUAUAUUUUAGCAAUGUAAAAAGAGCAAAUUCAAUUUA